AUGGCGUUUUCGCAGUCGUUUGACUUCGGAAAUAGCACCUUCAUGGAGCUGGAGAAGGGCAUCCAAGCGGCGGGAAAGGAGAAUUCACAUGCGGGAAAUGCUAAUCUCCAAGGAGCUGACCGGGAUUCGAAGAUUACCAGCCACGAUAUAAACUCGGAGUUCUUCCAGGACGAGUUCUCCUACGAGGUCAAUCAUGCCAAGAAGCCGGCAGAGCAGUCAGUGGUCAAUGUAUCACAGAUUGAGGAACUGCUGGUGGGAGUUUCCCAUCGGGAUUCCGGUGAUGUGAGCUCCUCAUCCGCCUUCGAUGCCCAAAUCUGCACGGAGGAUGUGUUCGACACGGAGGACAAGGACAAGGAGGCAGUCCAGGAGCUGCAUAAUCUGGACGAGAGCAGCUUCCUUUGUCCUGCGCAAGAUCAGGAGGCUUCCCAGCAGCUGAGGGAGGACAUCCUGCGCAGUCGCUGCGUCCUGGCCAAGCAGCCUGUCUAUCACGAGAUCUCGCAGGUUACCCAGAACCUGAGCAGCAUGUCGCCCAACCAGCUGCGGGUAUCACCCAAUUCCUCCAGCGUCCGUGAAGCGGCGAGCGAGAGAAGAGAUCCCCCUUUGGAUUUGGAGUCCCAGAAAUCAAUAGCCUCGUGGAACCUGCCAUUUAGCAUCCAGGCGGAGUACAAGAAGAAGGGCGUCGUCCAGAUGUUCGACUGGCAGGUGGAGUGCCUCUGCAAGCCGAGGGUUCUCUUCGAGCACUGCAACCUCGUUUACUCCGCACCCACGUCGGCGGGCAAAACGCUGGUCAGUGAGAUUCUGCUGCUGAAAACGGUCCUCGAACGCGGCAAGAAGGUGCUGCUCAUCCUGCCCUUCAUCUCUGUGGUCCGCGAGAAAAUGUUCUAUCUGCAGGAUCUGCUCACGCCGGCUGGUUACCGCGUGGAGGGAUUCUACGGGGGAUACACGCCACCCGGUGGCUUUGAGAGCCUCCAUGUGGCCAUCUGCACCAUCGAGAAGGCCAACUCGAUUGUGAACAAGCUGCUGGAGCAGGGAAAACUGGACACCAUCGGCACCGUCGUGGUCGACGAGGUGCACCUGAUUUCGGACAAGGGACGCGGCUAUAUUCUAGAACUUCUGCUAGCCAAGAUCCUCUACAUGUCGCGUCGUAAUGCCCUGCAGAUCCAGGUGAUCACCAUGUCGGCCACUCUGGAAAAUGUAGAGCUGCUGAAGAGCUGGUUGGAUGCUGAGCUGUACAUCACAAACUAUCGUCCCGUGGCUCUGCAGGAAAUGAUCAAGGUGGGCACGAAGAUCUUUGACCAGCAGCUGAAGUUCCUGCGCGACGUCUCGCAGCAAAAGGAGAUGCGGCAGGCGCUGGGCAACGAUUCCGAUGACGUGGCUCUGCUCUGCAUCGAAACGUUGCUGGAGGGCUGCUCCGUGAUUGUGUUUUGCCCCUCGAAGGACUGGUGCGAGAACCUGGCCGUCCAGUUGGCCACUGCCAUGCAUGGUUUGAUCAAAUCUGGCUCAGAACUGGGCCGCCGUUUGCGGGUGAAUCUUAAUCCGAAGGCCAUCGAGGAAGUUAAGCAGCAAUUAAGGGAUAUUCCUACAGGACUCGAUGCGGUCAUGGGCAAGGCUGUUACCUACGCCUGCGCCUUUCAUCAUGCCGGUUUAACUACCGAGGAGCGGGACAUUGUGGAGGCCUCGUUCAAAGCGGGAUCACUGAAGGUCCUGGUGGCCACCAGCACACUUAGCUCUGGUGUUAAUCUGCCCGCUCGACGCGUGCUCAUUCGCUCUCCUUUGUUCGGGGGCAAGCAAAUGAGUUCCCUCACGUAUCGCCAGAUGAUCGGACGGGCAGGACGCACUGGCAAGGAUACGCUGGGCGAGUCUAUACUCAUCUGCACAGAGAGCAAUGCUCGAAUUGGAAGGGAACUGGUCACAGCGCAGCUGCAGCCCAUCACUUCCUGCCUGGAAAUGGACGGAAGUACCCACUUGAAACGCGCUCUCCUGGAGGUUAUAUCUUCUGGUGUGGCUACCACUAAACAGGACAUUGAUUGCUUCGUCAACUGCACACUGCUGAGUGCCCAGAAGGCUUUGGAAGCAAAGGACCAACCACCAGAGGAGGACUCGGACUCGCACUACAUAAACGAUGCCCUGGACUUUCUGGUAGAGUACGAGUUCGUUCGCCUGCAAACGGACGAGGAGGCGGAGACAACAGCCUAUGUGGCCACGCGUCUGGGUGCCGCCUGCCUGGCUUCCUCCAUGCCACCCACCGAUGGUCUGAUUCUCUUUGCGGAGCUGCAGAAGUCCCGUCGUUGCUUCGUCCUCGAGUCUGAGCUGCAUGCUGUGUAUCUGGUGACACCGUACUCCGUUUGCUAUCAGCUGCAGGAUCUCGACUGGCUGAUUUACCUGGACAUGUGGGAAAAGCUCAAUCCGGCCAUGAAGAAAGUGGGCGAACUGGUGGGCGUCAAGGAAGCCUUUCUCGUGAAGGCAAUGCGUGGUCAAACGAAACUGGACUACAAGCAGAUGCAGGUGCAUAAGCGUUUCUACACAGCUUUGGCCCUACAGGAGCUGGUUAACGAGACGCCCAUAAACGUGGUGGUGCACAAGUUCAAGUGCCACCGAGGAAUGCUGCAGAGUCUGCAGCAAAUGGCCUCCACCUUCGCGGGCAUUGUCACCGCCUUCUGCAACUCCCUGCAGUGGUCCACGCUUGCGCUGAUCGUAUCGCAGUUCAAGGAUCGCCUCUUCUUCGGCAUCCACAGGGAUCUCAUCGAUCUGAUGCGGUUGCCCGACUUGUCACAGAAGCGAGCACGUGCGCUUUUCGAUGCCGGAUUCACCAGUUUGGUGGAGCUGGCGGGCGCUGAUGUCCUGGAGUUGGAGAAAGUGCUCUUCAAUUCGCUUAGCUUCGACUCUGCGAAGCAGCACGACCACGAGAACGCGGAGGAGGCGGCCAAGCGAAAUGUCGUAAGGAACUUCUUCAUUACGGGUAAAGCGGGAAUGACAGUCAACGAAGCUGCUAAACUGAUAAUCGGCGAAGCUCGUCAGUUUGUUCAGUACGAGAUCGGAGUGGGCAGUAUCAAGUGGACGCAGACACAGCUGGAGGGCAAUGAAAGUUCACAAUCGCUGAAGAACGACGAGGAGGUUGACAUUCAUAUGUCCCUAGAGGAGGAGCAAGUUCGAAAUCAACCGCCUUCAAAGCGAAAGCUGUCGAGGGAUGAAAAAAUUACUGUCGGAGCUUCAGGAACCCACAAGAUUCCCAAACUGGAGCCACUGGUGAAUAAGCUAAAUAAGCCACAGCAAAACAACUUAAUGGAAAAACGAAAUCAGAAUCAGGAUAAGGUUAAUCCUAAUACUGUGGUUGCAGUAAAGAAGGCACAACCAAUAAAAGUUGAUAACUCCGAGGAAAAGGUAGCCAUUCCGAGUUUAUCUUCCAAUCUGCCCAGUCAAAAUAACAUCCAAGCUAUCGCAAGUAACUCAACCGAGACCUGUUCAAAACAAAUCCAGGGAACGGAAUCGGAGAUUGAUAGAAAAAGCAGUCCAGUUGUUCCCAGUAAAAGUCCGCAGAUAGCAGACGAAGAGAAGCCCAGCACCAGUCAUAAUGUCCGUAAAGAAAUGUUGAGAAAAGAAAUAGCUGAACGUCGUAGGAUAGCAUUACUGAAGAUUCAGCAGAAACGUUCCGAAAUGGAUAACCAGUCUAAGGAUCAACCUAUACAGGCAGCACGAUCUGCAUCAAUUGCCCCUGAACAUAGUCCGAUUGCGGUAAAUAAUACUCCCGCUACUCAAAAGACCCAAAAGAGUACACAACAUAGCAAAAGCUCAGCUUCUCAGCUGCCACGAAGAAGUCCUCGAAAUCAUACGCCCUCGCCCACACCAACCCCAAAUCGCACUGCCUCAAGAAAGGCAUCCACGGCGGAGCAGGAUUUGUUUAUGGCAGACGAUUCCUUUAUGCUGAAUACCGGACUGACCGCCGCUCUUACGGCCGCCGAGAGCAAGGUUCCUGCUUCUGCGGAGGCGGAUGAGAUACCUAGCUCGCAGCCCAAGGAACCGGAGGUGAUUGGUAGCCUAACUCCACAUGCAUCCAGGAUGAUGCGCUCCUACCAGUUGCGUUCGCAGCGCCUGCAGAGUCCCAGUUCCCGAUCACCGAGUAGAAGUGUAUCCAAAACCACGCCCAGUGAAACCGAGACAGAUUUGGAAUCUAAAAGCUCUUCCAAUGUGGCCUCUUCUAUGGAAAUCUCAGACAUGUCCAUGGAGAACUCAUUAAUGAAAAAUCCUCUGCAUCUGAAUGCCUCACACAUUCUGAGCUGUUCGAAAGCAGAUGACAAUGCCUCAAGCUUCUCUAGCAUAGAUAUAAUCGAUGUGUGUGGCAACAAGCAGUUGUUUCAAGGUGUUCUGAUGGAGCUUCUCAAGGCCCCUCGUUUUGGCUUCAGCGUGGGUUUGCAGGCCCAAGCGGGCAGACAGAAGCCUCUAAUUGGAGCCAACCUGCUGAUCAAUCAGGUUGCGGCGGCGGAGCAGCGAGAGGCAGCCGCCGGCAAACAGGUGCUUUUUCAGGUGGACGACAGCAACUUCAUCUCCGGUUUGUCCUUCUGCCUGGCUGACAAUGUAGUCUACUACAUAAAUAUGCAGGAUGAAGUACAUAAACAGGGGCAAGUUGUUCCUACCAGUCUAAAGGUGCAGGAACUGUGCAAGCUGAUGGCUCGAAAAGAUCUCACUUUAAUCAUGCACGAUGGAAAGGAGCAGCUAAAGAUGCUGCUGAGAGCCAUUCCGCAGCUGGAGAGGAUCAGCGCCAAGCUGGAGGACCCCAAGGUGGCCAACUGGCUUCUGCAGCCGGACAAGACAAUGAGUUUUCACAAUAUGUGCCAGCAAUUUGCUCCAGAAUGCACUGCCCUUGCUGAUCUCUGUGGCAGCGGUCGUGGUUACAGCAGCUACGGACUGGAUAGCUCUAGUGCCAUUCUUCCAAAGAUCAGGGCUUCGAUUGAAGCUUGUGUAGCAGUGCACAUUCUGCAGGGUCAGAUUGAGAAUCUUGGCAGGAUCGGCACGGGACAAUUGCUCAAGUUUUUCCAAGAUAUCGAAAUGCCCAUUCAAUUGUCCCUUUGCCAUAUGGAGUUCGUUGGCUUUCCCACGAAAGAGCAGCGUCUGCAGCGAGUCUUUCAGCAAAUGGUGGCCGGCAUGAAGAAGCUGGAGGUGAAGAUCUACGAGCAGCAUGGCUCCCGUUUCAAUCUCGGUUCGACGCAGGCUGUGGCCAAGGUGCUGGGUCUUCACCGAAAAUCCAACGGUCGCGUGACCACCUCGCGUCAGGUGCUCGAGAAAUUGGACUCGCCAAUAUCGCUUCUCAUACUGGGCCACCGAAAGCUGGGCGGUCUUCUGGCCAAAUGCAUUCAACCGCUGCUCAAGUGCUGCCAGGCGGACCGAAUUCAUGGCCAGAGUAUUACGUAUACGGCGACGGGUCGUAUUUCCAUGACCGAACCGAAUCUUCAGAAUGUCGCAAAAGACUUUGCAAUAAAAGUGGGAUCGGAAUCGCUCAAUAUAUCCUGCCGCUCGGCCUUCGCACCGAAGGAUGAGGAGCGUUGUCUCCUGUCGGCUGACUUUUGUCAGCUGGAGAUGCGAAUUCUGGCCCACCUGUCGCAGGACAAGGCUCUGGUGGAGGUGAUGAACUCGCCGCAGGACCUCUUUACCGCCAUUGCGGCGCACUGGAACCAAAUAGACGAGUCCGAGGUGUCGGAGCAUCUCCGCAACGGCACCAAGCAGAUUUGCUACGGGAUUGUCUACGGCAUGGGCAUGCGCGCCCUGGCUGAGUCGUUAAAGUGCAAUGAGCAGGAGGCGCGGAUGAUAUCCGAGCAAUUCCACCAGGCAUACAAGGGCAUUCGGGAGUACACCCACAAGGUGGUCAAGUUUGCGCGCAACCAGGGAUAUGUGGAGACCAUUACGGGACGUCGACGCUACCUGGACCACAUCAACAGUCCCGAGGAGCAGAUGAAAAAUCAAGCCGAACGCCAGGCUAUUAACUCCACCAUCCAGGGUUCAGCUGCGGAUAUUGCGAAGAGUGCAAUUUUGAAGAUGGAAAAGAACAUAGCCCGUUAUCGAGAUAAGCUGGGAUUGGGGGAGAGAUCAGUUAACCUGGUUAUGCACCUACAUGACGAACUUAUCUUCGAGGUGCCUUCCGAGAAGGCCAAGAAAAUUGCCAAGGUUCUCAGCCUCACCAUGGAGAACUGUGUUAAACUCAGUGUGCCACUCAAGGUUAAGCUGAAGAUGGGACGCAGUUGGGGAGAGCUGCAGGAGAUUAGGGUGUAG